AUGUCUCGAGCACCAUCUUCCAUCACGGCGCAUUCGACCUCCAUCGUCUGCCUCGACACCGACCUCCGUGGUACUAUUACCGUUGGUGCCGGCGUCAUCGUUCACCCCAAGGCUACGAUAUUCGCUGCCGCCGGUCCUAUUGUGAUAGGGGACAACUGUGUCAUUGAAGAAGAUAGUAUCAUCAUUAAUAGACAUAAGGAGAUCAUGCGUAUAGGGGAGCAGAACCAUUUCAUGGUAGGGUGUCGGGUGGAAGCACCCUCAAUAGGCGACUACAACACCUUCCAACCUCGGUGUACCGUCUCGUCCCAAGUCGCCAUAAGCGACCAUUGCAUUCUUAGCGCUGGCACGAUCGCCCUUCUUGCGCCUGGUUCGGAUACCGCCCGCGAGGUGUUACCGCCGUAUACCGUCAUCUACGGCGCAGACUCCUCGAGGAGGAUAUGGGAUGGGAGUGGAGAAGCCUCGGAGCUGGCGCUGAGGGCUAGACAUUCCGAGUAUCUGAGAGAGAUCUUGCCCAAGUUCAACCGUCUACGGCCCACUGGAUCUGCCACCCCCACAUGA